UAAAAGCAUUGCGAACCCGCACCUAACUGCGGGCCUUUUGGGAAUGAUUGCGAUGCUCUAACCUCUCCACUUCGAAACUAGAUCCUUCGAGCGGUGCUCCUCUUUCAAUCGAAACCCAGGGCUGUCUUGAUAAUAUUUUCACCUCGUUCGCGCAUCUCGCCUUUUUGUGGAAUAGUUACGCACGACAAACAACGACCCGUAUUCACGAACGAUUUUUCUAUAGCCCUGGCAUCGAUUUGUAUUCCCAAAAAUAGAAAAGCUCAAUCUGUGCAAACACGGGUUUGCAUAAUAGUUGGCCCCGGGGGCUGCUCCCGUGUUGUAAAACGUCCUCACCUCUGCCGCGGUCGCUUACAGAAGCGUCGUGUGAAUAGCCACUAGGCCUGGAUAUUUUCACUUUCGCCUUCACCUUCAACCUCAUUUAGAUUACAUGUCUGCAGCAGAGGCACCAUAGUUGUUGUUUCCUUAUGGCCACAGUUCAAGCUACCAAUGUCGAGAUUUGAGGGAGGAAAGUGCUGCUUGUUCGCCUUUCUCGUGAACUCGGCGAUACCGGUAAUGGCAGCUGUCGCGUCCGGGCUCCACAAAGAAGCAUCGUCGCCACACGCAGUAGCCUCCGCGACUAUAAAUUAUGCGAAUGGUGGUCGCGAUCGGCGGCGUCAGCAUCUGGAUCGCGUCCACGGGCACCUAGACCUCCGACAAUUCGCGGAAGACGCUGCGACGCACAGCCGCCCGCAAUCCCCAACGCAGAAAGGACGACUGGACCGGAACGCACAAUCAAGGACGACUGGACCGGAAGAACGAGAGGCGACGUACAGCCGCCCGCAAUCCCCGACGCACAGCAGCCCGCAAUCCCCAAUUCGCAGCAUGGUGUUGGGAUCGUUGCCAAUCCACUCGACGGUGCGGGACAAGAAUGGGAAUAACGACUUUGAAAAACAGAGAUCCCACAUGCCCCGCAACUGGGCGGACCCAGCGCCCUCGUCUGCGAAUUGUGAUUAUUUUUAUAUGUUUGGAAGUGGAUCGAGUUCGAGGCGAAACAGCGACGAGGACCAUGUAGGGAGCGGCGCGGCAUCUUCGUCGGCCUUGCUGCCGAUGAGCAGAACACCUUCCUCGCCUAGGCCUCCUCGUGAAGUAGAUGCGAAACGGGGGCCGCUUAGUAGUAUCCUUGUACUGCCAGAUGAGCCAGCGGAUUUAUCUUUACUUGCCCCGUUCAAAUUACCUCCAGCGUUUGGGCUUGAAGAUGACUCUGACUUUCUCGACGGGCCUGGUGCUGGCGGUUGACACAGAUUCGCCAGUACACGCGCUACAUUCCCGUGCGUCGAGAACUAAACAACUUCUACGACAAAUAUAAAUUUCGUUGUCGAAAAUGACCACUGGGCGGCGUGUUUUAUUCUCUUCUACAAAAAUUUCCUGUAGAAGUUGAUACUUCGACUAUGAGCUUUACAUAGCACAAGCUACUAGUACGUUCGUUUUCGAAAACAAAGUUCUUUUAGAAAACCAGACACACAUACUUUCAAGCUUCUUAUCCAGCCACUAUCUCUAUCCCGUUGUACAAAACUUGUCGAUACCGAAUUCUUUUGGGAUAUAAAGUGAGAACGUGUACAGUUUUUGUUUUACCGUACCAUGCCAGCCUGUCAAAGAUCUAACUUUACAAAAAUAGCAACAUCAUGACGAAUUCGUAUGAAAGAAUAAUCUAAAAAUGAUGUACACUUAGCAUAUAUUGAAAACUACAGAAGUGAUGCAAAGAAAUCCACAAGUGGCACAUGUCGCUCUCCUACAAGUGCAUUUGACCUUCUACCACAAGAGCGUGUAAGUGCAGUUUAUGUUUUACCGUACCAUGCCGGCCUGUGAAAGAUCUAACUUUACGAAAAUAGCAAUAGCGAUACGAAUUCGCAUCCACAAGCACACUGAAGGAACAAUCUAAAAAUGUUGAUGUACAGUCAGCAUAUAUUGAAAACUACAGAAGUGAUGCAAAGAAAUCCACAAGUCGCAUAGAAAUCCAUCUACAGAAUCCACAAGUCAUCCACAAGUCAUCCACUACAAGUCGCAUGAUGGAAAGAAAUCCAUCUACAGACUUUAUACUAAGAAUUUGACCUUCUACCACAUGUCGCUCGACGUUUCAAACAUUGUCCCACACAGAACGCAAAGAGAGCUCGCGGAAUACGAACG